AUGGCCGACUUUGUGAUGGAAUACGACUCGUAUGAUGCCAUUCUGCAUCACAUCUUCAAGCAAACCCAAGGCGAGGCUUGGUUCAAACCCACAGAGGAGUCGAUGCAGGCGGGUGUCGCUCUGAGGAUAGACAAUAAUCCUCCAAAGUUUCGUGUUUUCCCCUACGAGAACAUGAGUCUGGUCCCCUUUGAGGCGGCUGUUCGUGCCCUCAACCCUCUUGUCGCCGUCAAGAUUCGUUCCGCUUCGGUUCACGCAUCCCUCGCGAUAGCAUCGUCAGACGAUACGGGUCUCUACGUCGAUAAGGAGACUCGAAUCCAGAUCCUCGACUCUAUUGCGGAUCUUCCCACGGCAGACAAGGAACAGUCUGCCGCAUUCAUCCGAGACGAACGAGUCUUGAUCUGCUGGUCCGACAACCUCGACGGUAUCAUUCCGACAUGCAAGGAAUUCGAAGACAAGCUGAUCAGCCUCGUCUGGAAGAUUCGCACGGCACAAUUGCAGGGCGGGGACGCCAUGUCCUCUGCCACCUCUAUCACCGGCUAUAAUAAUUAUGCCGACUCCCACCACACACUCGAGCCGAUCAUCAUCAAUAACCAGGGAACAAUCGAAAAGGUCGAUCCUCGCAAACUGCGCAAUGAACCGACGAGCGAGUUUGCCGACGGUAUGGAUGAGAAGCGCGCCAAGACUCGCUCGAGUUUCUUUGGAUGGCGUACCGAAAAGGACGGCGGAGAGGUCGAGGCGGACAGACCCGCCAAACGUCCGACGAGGCUCCUCGCCCCCAUUUACAACGGACUCGGUGCUGCGCUUGCACUCGUGCUCACAUUGGAUGUCGUCCGAAAGCUCCUCAUCGAGUUUUGGCUAGAUGGUGGAACGAUGCGCUUUGCGCUCAUCGCCAUCACCCCUCUCUUGUUCUGCGUCUCUCUCUUUUUCUACCUCUUUGUCAUCGGUGUGGUCACCCAGUCUAUUGGACCGGUCGCUCAGUUUCAUCAAAAUUCAAAGUACUACUCUGCCGUCAAACCCGCCCCCAACCCAGCCGUCGACCGCAAGCUCCCACACAUUACGAUUCAAAUGCCCGUCUACAAAGAAUCGCUGACAGAGACCAUUGCACCUUCGUGCGAGUCGCUGAAAAAGGCCAUGCAGACGUAUGCUCGUCAGGGAGGCACCUCGUGCAUCAUGAUUUGCGACGACGGUAUGCAGCUCAUUGAACCUGCAGAGGCCGCCGAACGCAAGCAAUACUAUGCCGACCACGGUAUUGGUUGGAUCGCCCGUCCAAGACACUCUUCCAACCCAGAUGGUUUCAAACGAGCAGGUCGAUUCAAAAAGGCUUCGAACAUGAACUAUGCGCUCAAGAUUUCGCUCAAACUCGAAGAACACCUCGCCCGUUUCCUGUCUGACGAGCGCGCAGUGGCCAAUGCACGCAUGCAGGCUCAACUCGCCAAGGCUGCAGAACGCGAACAAGGAAUCACAAACGGUCAUUCGGCGUGGGCAGAUGAAGAGGAAGAAGGCGAAGAAUCGUUGGAAGAGCUUGCGCUACGCGCGGCCAUGGACGAAGUCUAUGCAGAGUCGGGCAAUCGCUUCCAACCUUGGGGUGCUGGUGGCAAGGCACUGCGUGUAGGCGAACUCAUCUUGAUCGUCGACUCGGACACGAUUGUACCCGAAGACUGUCUCCGUGAUGCGGCGCGUGAAAUGGCAGAGUCGCCUGAACUCGGUGUCAUUCAACACGAGUCGGAUGUCAUGCAGGUCUCACACAAUUACUUUGAAAACGGCAUUGCACAUUUUACUCGACGCAUCAACAAGGCCAUCUCGUUUGCGGCUGCCAACGGCGAAGUCGCGGCGUUUGUCGGUCACAAUGCCUUUUUGCGAUGGAGUGCGAUUCAGGAUGUUGCCUUUAUCGACCCUGCCGAUGGAGAGAGGAAGAUUUGGUCAGAGGCAAAUGUGUCCGAGGACUUCGAUAUGGCUCUUCGUCUCCAGCUUGGUGGUUAUACCGUCCGAUGGGCAAGUUAUUCCGAGGGAGGGUUCAAGGAGGGUGUGUCGCUCACUGCCGACGACGAGUUGAAUCGAUGGGAAAAAUAUGCAUUCGGUUGCUCGGAACUGAUCUUCAACCCGCUCAUCAAGUGGUUUACGCGUGGCCCCAUCUCUGGCCAGCUCCACCGCUUCGUGUGGUCCAACGCACCAGUGCACUACAAGAUCAGUAUGAUGGCCUACAUGUUCUCGUACUACGGCAUCGCAGCGUCUUUCACGCUCUCGCUGUUCAACUACCUGCUCAUUGGCUGGCAGUUGCCCAUUUCGAGCAUGUACCUGCAAUCGUUCCAGAUUUGGGUGUCCAUUGUUUUCAUCUUCCCCCUCUGCGGUAAUAUUGCGCACACGCUGCUCGAGUACCGUAUCGGCCACAAGGGGCUGCUUGCAGCGCUCUGGGAGAACAUUAUCUGGAUCCCAUUCUUCUUCGUCUUCUUUGGUGGUCUGUCGAUCCAUUUGAGCAAGGCCAUUCUCGCGCACUUGUUCUCGUACAACAUUACAUGGGGUGCGACAAAGAAGGAAGUCGAGCGUUCCAACUUCUUCUUGGAAGUGCCCAAGAUUUUGGUCCGAUUCCGCGUUGCGCUCGUCGUGUGCUUUAUCACCGUCGGUGGCAUGGUCGUAUUGGCUUUGCCGUUUGUACCAUUGGACUGGAAGAUUCCGUACAACAAUUGGUCGGUCAUCAUCCCGCUUGCCAUCUCGGCCAUUUCGCACUUCCUCUAUCCCAUCGUCCUCAACCCGUACCUCAUGGUGUUCUCGUAUUAA